AUGUUGGUAGUGGGAAACCACGGCUUCAUAAAUCCCCAGCCGUCAGACACAAGGACGGAUAUGUCACUGGAGCCAGUCCACUGAUAUCAGGAUAGGACCUCGGCUAAUCGACUUGGGGCGCCCACGCCGAUCAAGCGGUACAAAGGCGUAAGAAGAAGAAGAUCUCAAAAUCCGUAAAAAUGGAAAAUUGUGUAGGUUUAAACUCACAGUAUUUUCUUUUCGUAGAAAGAGAAGUUUUUAAAGCGAUUCCAAGGAACUCCCAACCGCACAUAAAAAUGAAUUUCCUUGUGAAUGUUCGUCAUCAAUAAAUUCUUCUGAUUCUGAAAAACUCCAAGAACGUUUGUUUCCCCAAAUAGCUCAAAGAUAUCUAUCUUUGGAUUUGCCGUCAUGGAAGUGUUUUAUGGUUUCACAACACACGACAUUAUUAUCUACAUGUUGUCACGUUGAAAUCAUAACAAUUGCGAAUUCGCACUCCUCCGCGAAACCUACUCGACCCGCCCAGUCAGAUUUGUUCUCCUUUUCCAAGGACUAGAUCUGAUGGCUGAGCUGGAAUAACAGUUGAAUUGACGGCUUCAAAAAAGGGGCGGGAAGUUUUAAGCCGGCAGGGCUCGGCCUCCUUCUACACGUGUGGAUACGACUCCUGCGAUUUCACUUUUGUCUCAACGGACAUGCGAGGAGCUUCGAACCGGUGCGUUUCGAUGGCUUUGACCUAUUUGCUGAUGAUCAGCGGUCAGCUCGUCACGGCCUGCUUCCUCAACUCGUGCCCCUACCGACGCUACGGCAGAACACUCCGAUGUGCCAGUUGUGGUAAGUCCUCAGACGGAAUCACACUCAGCUCUGAAAGUCCGCUCAAAAUCUGAGAGAAAAAGGACAGCAGCUUUCAAGAUUUUGGUUCUCGAUGGAAAAAUUAAAAACGGUUUUUCUAACUGGCACAAAUAGUUUAUUUCUAUUUAUUUCUUGAACUUGAUUCGAUGAACUUGUUUUUCCAGUAAACCCACAAGUGCCAUAGAGAUUACAAAAGAUUUAAAAGUCAUAACUCGAUUCGUUUUUUUUUUCGAGUUAUUCUGUUCAAGCGCGGGCCAGUUUCAAUUAAAAAUUUGAAGACUUCUGAUAAAAAAACUUUUUCGAAACUAGUCUGGCAAAUCAAAAACUCCUUUAACACUCCAUUUUUUUCAAAUUAUUUUUUUGGUAUGAUUCAUAUUUAGGGAAUUCAUUUUUUUCCAUUUUUUUGCAAUAUACUUCUUUCUCACAUACUUGAAAAAGAAACUAGCUGAAAAAGAAGCUUUUUUUGGGGAAUCUUUAGAAUGAAUAAACAAUUUUUUCCUGAAUAGUGGAACCAAGUCUUUCGAGUCUAUUUUAAAAGCCUGAGUUUGUUAUUCCGGCUUUAAUUCUAAGACAAAAAUCAUGGCACAAGAAAAAAUCUUGUGAAUUUCUGAAUGGUCUUUCCUGAAAAUUUUUGAGCGGUUUAAGAAUUUACAUUUUUUUUUCUGAGUGCCUGUUCAAAACGUGUGAAAUACUUUCCUGUGUUUGAUGAAAUGAAAAAAAGGUUUUGUGAGGAACGGAAAAACGCUUGACUUCCUACUCUUCAAAUGAAUCCUCGCGGAAAUUUUCCAAAUUAUCAGCGCAACACAAAGAAAAGCACGGAUUAGUUUUUAAAAUUGGCUUCUUUCGUACGAAAUCCCUUUGACCAAAGCUGCAGAACACAUUCGGUAGUUGUACUUUCUUUUACGAUCUUUGUUGUUACUAUUUAUGGCUUGACAUGUCGAGCAGCUUUUGACUCUGAAAAGAAAAGAAAAUAAAAAAUUUAUUAUGGACUACGGUAGGCAAUAAAAAACUUGUUUCUAGGGAGAUUGAGCUCAGGUGAGUUAUGUGCGGUGUUGUAAAUCUUAGAGAGUUGUUUGGUUUGUCUCGAGGUACUGAGUGAAAUUGAAUUUCGACCUGUUGAAAGAUUGAGAUUUUUUUUUCUGAACAGAGCCACAUUAAUUGGAAAAGCAACAGAACUGAUUAGCAAAUUAGUCGUUUUUAUUGAACUUUUUGACUCAUUUUGGAAAUUAUGAGACACUGAAAAUCCAGAAUUGUUGAGGGUUAUAAAAUAACUCAAAAAAUUCGAAAAAAAAAAUCAGGAAUUCAGUAGGAAUGAAAUAAAAUAAAGAUUCUACACUUCAAAAAAAAAGCGCUUGAAAUUUCAAGAAACUGUAUAAGUAAAAAGUUUUAUUGCAACCUCGAGUUUAUAAUUGGCUUGGAAUAUCUAGUAAAAUAAUUCUUGAAGUGGUGAAACGCAAAAAGAAAAACAAAGAGCUAAAGUAAUUGAUCUCCUAAUCAUAGACUUUUUUUUCCCAUUUUCAGAAUUAUCUGCAGUUCCGAAGUACGUCGGCUCAUUCAAAUUGAAACAUUUUCAGGCCCGGAGCUGCAAGGAAUCUGCGUUCAGGACGGCAAAUGCUGUACAAAUGAAGACUGCUUUCCGGACGACGAAUGUACUUCUGUUUCUGUCUGUCCGGAGCUCUUCUGCAAAGUGAGACUUCAUUCCAUUUAUUGAGAAAAUUUGCCUUUUCUCAGAUUGCCAGGCAUCCCGGGUACUGCAUGGAAAAGAACUACUGUUGCACACAAGGUUUUAUUUUUUUUCUAUUUCCUGAUAUCCAAAAAAAGCUAAAGCAUUGUGAUCUACGAGCAACCUUAAGCCGAUUCGAAAGAACCAAUGCGUAUCCGCCCACUAUAUCCACGUUUACAGGAGGCUGUCAGAAAAGCGCGAUGUGUAUCUGA